AUGGGCACAACAGAACAGGCUAGUACAGAGAAGCUAACAGAAGAGGAGAAGGCCAUCAGGAAAGAAGCGGAUAAUGCACUGCAGGGCGAAUUGGCGAACCUCUUAGCUGAGAAGCAGGAGGCGGCGGAAUUGGAGAGUCCACCAUUUCAAGAUGAAGUACAGAAAGGCAAGGCAACAGAGAAGUCCAAGGAAAGGAAGGGAAGCCUAGCAUUGCAGAAUGAAGUAGAGAAAGCCCAGACAAAGUCCAAGGAGGACACGGAGCGUGAUUCAUCUCAGAGUGAAGUAGGAAAAGCCUGGGCAAAGAGAAUGUCCAGUGCAGAAACUGAGCCUUCCUCGUCAUGGGAUGAAGCAGGGAAAGGCAGGGCGAGGGAGAUGUCCAAGCAGGGAAAGGAAGAAGAGAACACCCAGGAGGAAACUGAGGAGGACACUGAGACCCAGGAAAGCAGGGACAGUGAAUCAUUGCAGGCUGAAGCAGAGGAAUCCUCAGAGAAGGUCAAUGGGAAACAAGGCUCUUUAUCAAGCAAAGAGGAGAGACCAUCUAGUGCUGGAAGCUUGUGGGCUAAACACAAAGAGAAAAUAAAAGAGAUCGGUGAGAAACCUCUGGAAGAACUUGAAGCACCUGGCUACUUUGCUAAGUAA